AGGUCGAAAUCCGUCCCCUCCUUAAAUAGCGAGGCAGCUCUCAAGCCCAUAUGUUGUUUAUAUAUAUAUUCCAGCUCAUCCCACAACCACCAACACUAUUAGUAAUCUACAUAUCCAAUAUUAAUUAAACCAAUGGUGUUUCUCUCCAAACCGGCAAUGGAACAGUUCUCAUUGCAAUUCUCCUCCCCCUUUCCGCUCAUCGACCUCUCCAAACCCGACGCCCAAUCGCAGCUCGUCAAGGCCUGCGAGGAGGUCGGCUUCUUCAAGGUGACCAACCACGGCGUCCCUUUCCAAUUCAUGUCCGAAUUGGAAUCCGAAGCCAUCAAAUUCUUCUCCCUCCCCUUAUCCGAAAAACUCAAGGCCGGCCCCCCCGACCCCUUCGGCUACGGCAACAAAAACAUCGGCUGCAACGGUGAUUUAGGCUGGGUCGAAUACCUCCUCCUCACCACCGACGCCGAUUCAAUCUACCACAAAUUCGCCUCCAUUUUCGGCGAGCCUGCCGCCGACAGAUUCCAUUGUGUUUUGAAGGACUACUUAACGGCGGUGAAGAGGAUGGCGUGCCGGAUUCUGGAGAUGGUGGCGGAGGGGCUGGAGAUUGAGCCGCGGGAUGCGCUGAGCAAGCUGCUGAUGGAUGAGCAGAGCGACUCUGUUUUCCGGGUGAACCAUUACCCCGGGAGGGCAGAGGGCGAGGGAGGGAAUGUGAUCGGAUUCGGGGAGCAUACGGAUCCGCAGAUAAUAUCGGUGCUGAGAUCGAACAACACAACGGGGCUGGAAAUAUGGUUGAAGGAAAAGGAAUGGAUUUCCAUCCCGCCAGAUCAAUAUUCCUUCUUCAUUAAUGUGGGUGACUCCUUGCAGGUAAUGACUAACGGGAGGUUUAAGAGCGUACGACACCGGGUAGUUGCGAACAGCCUGAGAUCGAGGAUUUCAAUGAUUUAUUUUGGAGGACCACCAUUGAGUGAAAAGAUAGCUCCAUUGCCUUCAUUAAUGGAAGGAGAAGACAGCUUGUACAAUGAGUUUACAUGGUUUGAAUACAAAAAAUCUGUUUACAAUUCAAGGCUGGCUGAUAAUAGGUUGGGCCUUUUUGAGAAAAUUGCAGCCUCAUAAUGUUCCCCUUUCCUACUUUUCAUUCACUAAAACAUUUUUAGUCUACUUCAUUUCAUUUUUCAAAUAAAUACCAAUCAAAUUUUAGUGAAGAUCGAAUCUCCUAUGCCAUCUCUUCACUCCAAAAUUU